ACCCCCAAAAAUCUGCUUAUAAACCCAAAUAAACCUCCCACUUUUUUGCUCUCUCUCUCUCACUAUAUAUUCUCUCUUACUCCUCAACUGUACGGCCGCCGCCGCCGUGAAAACCUACUGCUGCUUCUCUUUGAGUAUCCAAAUGCCGAGUAAACGUAAAGAUUCUCCGGUGACUAAGCCGGAAAAGUCUUCGGAGAGUAGGAAAUCGAAGAGACUUGCUGAAAGACCAGAUCCAGUUCUACAACCUCAAUUUGAUGAUUCCGAUUUUGCAUCCGAACCUGUUUCAGCUACGAAGAGGAAGUCUGUUCGGCGAAAAAUACCUGAGAGUACUCCAAUAGUUGUGGAAUCUGAGAAGUGGAAGAAGCGAGCAGUAGACAAAGCGGAAUCUGAUGAUGAUUUUGUAUCGGAGUCUAAGUUGUUGAUGUCGAGAGCAACAGUGAAGGCGGAGAAUGUGGUUGAUACAGCAGCAUCUGAGAGUGAUUUUGUUGAAGAGGAAGAUGAAAUAGAGCAAGGGAGUUUGAAGAAGAAUUUAUCGGUUUCACCUUCGAAAAGGAAGCCGAAAAGAGCUGAGAAAGUGAAAGAUGAAGAAUGUACGCUUGCUGGUGAUCCUGUUCCCGAUGCUGAAGCUCGAUUGAAGUGGCCUCAUCGAUAUAAUAAGGGGAAAGCAAAUGGUACUAAGAGCUUAAAUGGUCAAGUUGAUUCUGACCAGUUAAUUCAAGCUAAGCGCCAUUUUAGUCUAGCGGAAGUCGAUGGUCAAGUUUAUUAUCUUGAGGAUGAUGCACAUGUAAAGGCUGCUGAUGGUGAGGAUGAUUACAUUUGUAAGAUAGUUGAAUUCUUUGAAGCAGUUGAUGGAAUGCAGUAUUUUACAGCUCAAUGGUUUUACAGAGCUAAGGAUACCGUUAUUAAAAGCCAUGAUCAGUUCAUCGACAAGAAGCGUGUUUUCCUGUCUGAAAUCAAGGAUGAUAACCCUCUCGAUUGCCUUGUGACUAAACUCAAGAUUGUUCCUGUACCCUCAAAUGCAACUUUUCAGUUCAAGGAAAAUGUGAAAUCAACUUGUGAUUUCUACUAUGACAUGAAAUACCUGAUUCCAUAUUCUUCUUUCAUUAGCUUGCCACCUGAUACUACAGGUUCAGUUAGUUCAUCUUCUACUAUAUCAAGUGACACUGAUGCUGGUGAGGUGAAAGAACUCAAUCUGGAAAAGAAGCUCUUGGAUCUUUAUUCAGGAUGUGGUGCAAUGUCCACUGGGCUGUGCUUGGGUGCUAAUAGCAAAGGCGUUAAACUUGUAACUAAAUGGGCUGUUGAUCUCAACAAACAUGCAUGUGACAGCUUGAGAUUGAACCACCCAGAGACUCAGGUGAGGAACGAGUAUGCCAGUGACUUCUUAUUACUUCUGAAGGAGUGGGAGCAACUUUGUGUCUCUUGUUCCUUGGUAAAAAGCAGUGUCCCCCCACACCCUCAUCUAAAAGUAACAGAUGAUGUUGAAAAAGAAGAAAAUGAUGAUGAAGAUGAAGAUGAAGAAUCCGGUGACGAUCAAGGAGUUGAAGUUUUUGAGGUUGAAGAACUUUUAGAAGUUUGUUAUGGAGAUCCAAAAGAAAUGAACAAACCUGGACUUUACUUCAAGGUUCGCUGGAGAGGUUAUGGCCCAGAGGAAGACACCUGGGAGCCAAUUGAAGGCUUAAGUGACUGUCCGAAGAAAAUAAAGGAGUUUGUGGCCAAAGGAUUCAAAGAAAAUAUUUUGCCGUUACCGGGGGAUGUUGAUGUUGUAUGCGGUGGACCACCUUGCCAAGGAAUCAGUGGAUUCAAUCGAUUUAGGAAUAAGGAAAAUCCAAUGCAAGAUCCAAAAAAUAAACAACUUGAUGUCUACAUGGACAUUGUGGAAUUCUUGAAACCAAGGUUUGUGUUGAUGGAGAAUGUGGUGGACCUUAUCAAAUUUUCCAAUGGUUUCCUCGGGAGAUACGCAUUGAGCAGACUUGUAGGAAUGAACUACCAAGCACGGAUGGGAAUGAUGGCAGCUGGUGCAUAUGGUCUUCCUCAAUUUCGUAUGCGUGUCUUCAUGUGGGGUGCUCUUUCGUCUGAGAAGCUGCCACAAUAUCCAUUGCCCACACAUAAAGUUAUUGUGAGAGGUGUUAUUCCCACAGAAUUUGAGUCAAACACAGUUGCAUAUGAUGAAGGUGGGGAUCUUGAGUUAAAGAAAGAAUUGUUUCUUGGUGAUGCCCUUUCUGAUCUCCCUUCGGUGGAGAACAGUGAGCCAAGAGACGAAAUGCCUUACACUGACGAGCCGAAAACUGAUUUCCAGCAUUUUAUAAGAUUGGGGAGGGAUGGGAUGCUGGGAAGUGUUUUGUAUGAUCAUCGUCCUCUUCAGUUGAAUGAUGACGACCAUCUACGUGUAUGCCAAAUUCCCAAGCGGAAGGGCGCAAACUUCAGGGACUUGACUGGAGUUCGUGUUCGGCCAGAUAACAAAGUUGAAUGGGACCCAGAUGUGGAGAGGGUAUUACUACCUUCAGGGAAGCCUUUGGUCCCUGACUAUGCCAUGAGCUUUGUUGGUGGUAGUUCCUCAAAACCGUUUGGCCGUUUGUGGUGGGAUGAAACUGUCCCAACAGUUGUGACGAGAGCUGAACCACAUAAUCAGACCAUAGUACAUCCAUUACAAGAUAGAGUUCUCACAAUUCGUGAAAAUGCGAGGCUCCAAGGUUUUCCGGACUAUUACAAGUUAAUAGGUCCAAUAAAAGAGAGGUACAUGCAAGUGGGUAAUGCAGUCGCUGUCCCAGUUGCCCGAGCCUUGGGCUAUUCUUUGGCAACAUCGAUGAAGGGAUUAUCUGGAGAAGCACCAUUGAUGUCAUUGCCAAAAGACUUUCCAUCUCAUGAAGAACAGAGUUGUAACGAAGUGUCCAAUAAUUGAAGAUUAAUUAUUUGCGACUACCAAAUGAUCUUUGCCCCCUUUGUAUGGGGGCUGAUUGAUUAUUCAUAGGAUGUUAGCUUCAUUAAUUUAUUUGCCUUCAGACACUGUUUCCCAAUGCAAUUCAUGCCAGUGCUGAAGCUGGUAAAGGCAUGAUGAGUUUAUGUAAUAGCUAAGCGAACAUGCAAUUCUCGAAAAUGUAUUUCUAGCAUUUGAUUCCAUGUAACAUUUCGAGUUGUAAACUGUGAGAACAAAAAAUUUCCAAGGAAAAAAUGUAGUCACAUUAUGCUUGGCGUCUGCCUAACUUCACCAAGGAUUUGUAGAAAAUAUAGCUGAAAUUUGUGUUGGAA